AUGGCCAAAGCACCUACCAGUGUAUUAAAUAUCAAUGAAAUCGGUCAUAUCGAACAGCUACCAGAUGAAAUUAUAUUAUAUUUAUUUGAAAAUUAUAUUCGUUUAGUUGAUCUUUAUGUUGCAUUCUAUCCUCUUAAUCAUCGUCGAAUAAAUGGAAUUAUAAAUUCUGCUCGUUUUCAUGCAAAUAUUCCUUCCAGAGAUAUAUUUCACAUAAAAUCUUUUUCGCAUUUCGCUCCCCAAAUUAUUUCAUUAUAUCUUUCAACAUUUUGUAAUGAUUUGGAUUUAUCCAAAUUGGUUAAUCUUCGUUCAUUACAUAUAGAGAAACCAACGCAAACACAAUUAACUUCAAUACAAGCAGAAUUUCUUCCAAAUCUUUUAUAUCUAUCACUUUCACAUUGUUGGUAUAAUGCCCAUGAAUUACCAAGACAUUUAAAAAAUAUGGCUGAAUCAUGUCCUUUCAAAAAUCUGCGCUAUUAUAUCUUACCUCAUGGAGAAGUUAUUCGCCUUCUACCAAAAUAUGAUCGACUCCACUCGAAGACAAAUAACUCCCAAAAACACUAUGAACUGAAUUAA